AAGAAGACACAAUAUUGAGAUAACUAAUACUCAUAUUCAAAAAAUAUGGAGAUCACUAAAUUUCUAGGGUUCUCCUUCCUUCUCUUUGCCUUCGCAGCAACUUCAUUUCCUGAGGCCGUUCAUGCCAAAGAUGCUGCAGCAGUGCUCGAUGUCUUCGGUAAUGAGGUGCAAGCUGGUGCUCGUUAUAUAAUCGUAGCCCCCUCGAAUGACAAUACAACAACUCUUGCGGUCACUGCGACUGGCAAGAUCAUAUGCAAUUCAGAUGUUAUACUUUCCACUUUGAACGAGAGCCUCCCAAUAACAUUUUCACCAGCUAUAAAAUCCAACGAUGGUGUCAUCCGUGAAGGUUCUUAUCUAAAUGUGAACUUUGAUGCACCCAUGUGUCUGAUGUGGGGCGUGACAACGAUGUGGAUGGUUGAAUUGAGUCCAACAACGGAAGGAUACAUUCUGACCACCGGAGGUGUUGAUAGAUUGAAUCGGUUUAAGAUCACCAAGUAUGAAGGUGAUAAUAGUUUUUAUCAGCUUUCUUUUUGUCCAAUGUCCGAACCCUUCUGUGAAUGCUCAUGCGUCCCAGUUGGCGUCAACAGUGACAAGCACUUGGCUCCCAAUGUCGGCCCUCUUCUUGUGAUGUUCGAACCAGAUGCAUAUUGAUAUUAUCUGCUGCAAUUCUGUAUGAGGGAGUUCGAUUGCCUACUAUCAUGUGUUGGGCAUAAAUAAAACUAAAAUGAAUAAGAAGCUUUUUAGCUUUGGCUUUUCCUUA